AUGAUGAUGCAAUUGAGUAUCGGAGGCAUACUGAUAGUGAUCAUUCUUGCCACGAUCACUCCCCGUAUCAAUGGCCUCGAGAACGAAAUCAUCCAGCAGGUUUUAGACAGCUAUGGAGAUACCAACCAAUGUCAACGUCCGAACAUCGUAUUUAUAUUGACCGACGAUCAAGACACGCAUCUGAAUUCUCUGGACUACAUGCCGCAUGUCAAAAGACAUCUUCUUGACAAAGGUACUUUGUUUCGCAAUCACUACUGUACAACAGCUGUAUGCUGUCCCUCUCGGGUCACUCUCUGGACGGGUAAAAUGGCCCAUAAUACGAACAUAACGGACGUGAAUCCACCAUAUGGUGGGUAUCCCAGAUUUGUGGAAGAGGGGUUCAACGAGAAUUAUCUCCCGGUAUGGUUACAGCAGGCUGGAUACAAUACUUACUAUACCGGAAAACUGUUUAAUGUUCACACGGUGACCAAUUAUGACUCUCCAGAGGCAGCGGGAUUUACUGGCUCGGACUUUCUUCUGGAUCCGUUCACAUACAACUACCUGAACAGCACAUUCCAACGCAAAGGCGAGAAACCGAAAAGCUAUGAAGGUGGAUACUCCACGGAUAUCAUGUCACAGAAGGCCCAGAGCUUACUCCAAGAUGCCGUUGUUGCGGAAACACCCUUUUUCCUAACAAUUGCGCCUAUUGCCCCUCAUGGAAACAUCCACAUGAAUGGGAGCGCAUUGGACAGUAAUCCGGUUUUUGAACACACUGCUCCAGUGUCAGCUAAGCGACACCAAGAGUUGUUUAAAGAUGUCAUUGUCCCACGGACGCAAAAUUUCAACCCUGAAACGCCUUCCGGAGCAAACUGGAUUCUUGACCUGCCGCAACAAAGCACUUCAAACGUGGAGUAUAAUGAUCACUACCACCGCCAGCGACUUCGUUCACUGCAAGCCGUCGACGAACUCGUGGAUGACCUUUUUGUGAAACUCGAAGAGUACGGCAUUCUGAAUAAUACAUACGUAUUCUAUAGUAGUGACAAUGGAUUCCAUAUUGGACAGCAUAGACUGCAGCCAGGUAAAUCAUGCGGAUACGAAGAAGAUGUCAAUAUUCCUUUGAUUGUGCGUGGGCCUGGCGUGGCAGCCAACCAUACCACUGAGAUUGUCACAUCCCACACGGACUUGGCACCGACGUUUUUCAAAAUACUGGGUAUUUCUUCACGAGAUGACUUUGAUGGCACAGCUAUUCCUAUGACUCUGGAAGGUAUUGAGUCUGUCUCUCGGAUGCGACGCGAACAUGUCGCCAUUGAGUAUUGGGGAUAUGCCGGAGGUGAGGGUAUUUACGACCGUGAGAUACCUCGAUUCUCCUUUGCGUUUUGA